GGUCGAAUACCAUAAUUUUGAAGUCUUAAUGAGUGUGAAUAUUUGAGAUCUGCAGCAACUGAAAUGCGGUAAGUACAUAUCUGAUGUCUCUUGUUUCAAAGCCGUAGGUACUGCUAGUACUGACGUGGUUUGGCAUCUAAGUUCAUGCUUAAAGAAAUAGUGAAACUGUAGAAAGAAAUGUUUUCCCACCUAGGUUUAUGGGUGCACAGAAUUCUGUCCACAGACCCCGUGUUAAAAAGCCCUGACCUACAGCUUUUGCUUCCAUUAUUUCAUGGCAUUUGGGUGGUGGGGAAGGGUAGGCACGUCCCUUUACGCUUUUAUCAUGACCUCCGAUCAGUACCAGCAAAUCAGUUUCCCUUGGCCAGAACCAUUUAGAAUCUCUGUUACCUGGUGCAAUCAUUCCACUGAUUUAUGCUUUGCUCAUUAUUUCAAAAAUGCGAAAUAGAACACGGGGAAAUAAUAGCCCAGUGCUUUUGGAAAGUGAUUUGAAUACUCUUGGAUGUGAUGUCCCUUGGCAAUCAAGAUUAUAAAUGUCAACUGGACAAGUGUACUCAUCUCCUGUUUCUAGGGGACCCAGAGAUGCCCUGCCAGGCUUGUUAAUGCAGCAGCCUGCCCGUGCAGCCUGCACACGGAGAGCAAGCGAGCCUUGGAUGUCAGUGCCUAACAGUCUCUUGAGGCCAGCCACCAAACCACAAAGAGUGACUUUCUUUAAGUGAGCCGUCGACGUCCCUUCUGAUGGAAACAGAGACAGGGGCCAAAGGAGAGACUGGAAAGACGGCCGGCAGAGGCACUCGAAUCGCCCUGGUGGUGUUUGUAGCUGGCACCCUGGUGCUGGGCAUUGUCCUCCUUCUAGCGAGUCAAGGUUUCUUAAGCCUCCAAACACCACAGGAGGAGUACUGCUUGAUGCCACAAUGCAUUGAAGCUGCUGCUGACAUCUUGAAAAAAGUAAAUCUGUCUGUGGAUCCUUGUGAUAAUUUCUUCCAGUUUGCAUGUGAUGGCUGGAUACACAAAAAUCCAAUUCCUGAAGAUAUGCCAAGCUAUGGGGUUUAUCCUUGGCUGAGACAUAAUGUGGACCUCAAGUUGAAGGCACUUUUGGAGAAAUCAAUCAGUAGAAGGCGGGACAUUGAAGCCAUACAGAAAGCCAAAAUCCUUUAUUCAUCCUGCAUGAAUGAGAAAGCGAUCGAAAAAGCAGAUGCGAAGCCAUUGCUGCACAUCCUGCGGCAUUCACUUUUCCGCUGGCCUGUGUUGGAAUCUAAUAUUGGUCAUGAAGGGGUUUGGUCAGAGAGAAAGUUCAGCCUUCUUCAGACACUUGCAGCAUUUCGUGGUCAAUACAGUAAUUCUGUAUUAAUCCGUUUGUAUGUGUCCCCUGAUGACAAGGCAUCGAGUGAACACAUCUUGAAGCUGGACCAAGCAACCCUCUCCCUCGCUGUGAGGGAAGACUUCCUUGACAAUAGCACAGAAGCCAAGUCUUAUCGGGAUGCCCUUUACAAGUUCAUGGUAGAUGCUGCUGUGCUUUUAGGAGCUAACAGAUCCCGAGCGGAGCAUGACAUGAAGUCUGUGCUUAGAUUUGAAAUUAAGAUAGCUGAGAUAAUGAUUCCACAAGAAAACCGAACCAGUGAGGCCAUGUACAACAAAAUGAACAUUUCUGAACUGGGUGCUCUGAUACCUGAGUUUGACUGGCUGGGCUACAUCAAGAAAGUCAUCGACACUAAACUGUACCCCCACCUGAAGGACAUUGGCCCCUCAGAGAGCUUGGUGGUCCGCGUCCCGCAGUACUUUAAGGAUCUGUUUAAGAUUUUGGGCUCUGAGAGGAAGAAGACCAUUGCCAACUAUUUGGGGUGGAGGAUGGUUUAUUCCAGAAUUCCAAAUCUUAGCAGGCGCUUUCAGUAUCGGUGGCUGGAAUUCUCACGGGUAAUCCAGGGAACCAUGACUUUGCUGCCUCAGUGGGACAAAUGUGUAAACUUUAUCGAAAGUGCCCUCCCUUAUGUUAUUGGAAGAAUGUUUGUGAAUGUGCACUUCCAGGAAGAUAAGAAGGAGAUGCUGGAAGAAUUGAUCGAGGGUGUUCGCUGGGCCUUUAUUGACAUGCUGGAGAAAGAAAAUGAUUGGAUGGAUGCAGGGACCAAAAAGAGAGCCAAAGAAAAGGCACAAGCUGUUUUGGCAAAAGUUGGCUAUCCUGAGUUUAUAAUGAAUGAUACGCAUGUUAAUGAAGACCUCAAGGCAAUCAAGUUUUCAGAAUCCGACUACUUUGGCAACGUCCUGCAAACCCGCAAGUACUUAGCACAGUCUGAUUUCUUCUGGCUAAGAAAACCUGUCCUAAAAACAGAGUGGUUUACAAAUCCAACGACUGUCAACGCCUUCUACAGUGCAUCUACCAACCAGAUUCGAUUUCCAGCAGGAGAGCUCCAGAAGCCUUUCUUUUGGGGAACAGAAUAUCCUCGAUCUCUGAGUUAUGGCGCUAUAGGGGUAAUUGUUGGACAUGAAUUUACACAUGGAUUUGAUAAUAAUGGUAGAAAAUAUGAUAAAAAUGGAAACCUGGAUCCUUGGUGGUCUACUGACUCAGAAGAAAAGUUCAAAGAAAAAACAAAGUGCAUGAUUAACCAGUAUAGCGGCUAUCACUGGAAGAAAGCAGGCUUAAAUGUUAAGGGGAAGAGGACCCUGGGAGAAAAUAUUGCUGAUAAUGGAGGUCUGCGGGAAGCUUUUCGGGCUUACAGGAAAUGGAUAAGCGACAAAAGGCAGGGAGUGGAGGAGCCUCUCCUACCAGGCAUCUCAUUCACCAACAACCAGCUCUUCUUCCUGAGUUAUGCUCAUGUGAGAUGUAAUUCCUACAGACAAGAAGCUGCCCGAGAACAAGUCCAUAUUGGUGCUCACAGCCCUCCUCAGUUUAGAGUUAACGGUGCCGUUAGCAACUUUGAAGAAUUCCAGAAAGCUUUUAACUGUCCACCCAAUGCCACGAUGAACAGAGGUAUGGACUCCUGCCGACUCUGGUAGCUGCACCUCUGGCUUAUGCCAUCCUGAGAGAGCUGUACAUGUCAUCAGAUGCCACACGAAGCACUCAUCUCCCGCUGCUUUAGACCUAUAUUGCCCUGAGAGCGUUUAUAUUUAAUGCAUUUUCAUUAUUUGUGUAGGCGACCUGCUUGAACCUAAACAGUAUCUGUUCAAAGUUCUAGAGCUUAAAAAAUGGAACACAAGAAACAAAUCCAAGUAUGUUUCUUUAGAAAACCAAACUAACAAAAAUAAAUCCCUAGUUUACUUUUGUUAGAAUGCUAUCUGCUGAAUUGUUGUUGUUGAUUUCAGUGUGUUAGCCACAGCUAAAUGGUACAUACCAUUAAUCCACAACUUUGCAGGGAGCCUAAGUAGAAUGUAUCCAGUAAAAAUUUCAGUCUAUCAAACUUGUAACCCUCGACUAUGAAGAUGUGUGUGUGGAUACCUGGGAGGUCUUACUGCUCUACGGAAUGCAGAGCAAGAUUUUAUGCAGUCAUUAGACAGCAUGUCUUAACUCGCAUGUCUUAACUCACAUGUAACUAACUUAGAAAUAUUUUGCAUCUUUGAUUUUCAAUUUUUUGGUGAAGUGCUUCCUUCAGCUUUGAGUCCUAUUGGAAUGAAAUUGUGCUUCGUAGCUUGUGUCUGCUGGAACUGUUUGAGUCAGCAGGAACAAAGCUAGAAAAAAGGCUACUUGGUAAGAUAAAAAAGGAUGUAUCUUCAAAUCCCAGAAGAAGUCAAAGCUCCUAGUCAUACACCAGCAGGGAAAGUAGGAGAUAAAUCUCCAAAAUUUCAUAGUCUCUCUGAAACUCAGUGGUUAUGUCUGCCGGAAAAAGCUCCAGCCCAUACAGUUUUCCUUAGCCCAAUUCCUGUCUGCCUCGUUGCUCUCAGAUAUGUACGUGCUCCUGUUUCUGAAAGAGCAGGUGUUAAGAAGAUGGUUGUCUAAUUCCCCAUUAGGAGUGUGUGGCUUUCAUUUCCCUUUAGUGCUAAGGGACAAAUACCACACCAUGGAGGAAGGAAAGUGCCUUCUGUUUGGUCUCAAUGUUACCUCUCUUUUAAAAAACCUUUUUGAAAAAUUUCUUUGCUUUAAGACAUUUUAGAAUAUGUUGAUUCAGUUUAAAAUUCCCUGCAUAAUCCAAAGAAACGUAAGUUCUACUCUUCAAGUCUUCUAAAGAGUCUGUGAGGAAGAGCAGUGCUACAUUUUUGAUCCUCAGUGCUUUAUCCUUUUCAGCGAACUCCUACAUAUCUAUUAGUGCAUGUGGAGGAUAAAGUCAUAAUAGCCUUAAAGUAGUUACCUGGCAUUUCUGGUUUCUUAAAAUCGCCACUCUCUCUUUCAUGUUAUUCACUGUACACGAGGAGCUGGGAGAAGUGGGCCAGGAGGUAAAUUGCAAAAGUGAAAUGACAAGUUCAGAUUAGGCACAGGAGGCCAUUUUGCAUCCUUGUGAUCUGGCAUCCUUUUUUUUUUUUAAUUAAACAUAUAUAUAUAUAUUUAAGACAUGUGUGCCACAUCUUUUUGUAACCAUGGGAACUUCUGAAGGGAGAAAAAUGGAGAAGGACCAUCAUGAGGAAAACAAUUGUACUGUGUUAGUCAGAGGAGAAUGAUUUUCUCCUUGACUUCCUCCUCUCUGAAUAGAUAAACUUCUGAAGGGCAGCUACCUUUUUCUUCCUCUUAACCAUGGCUUAAUGUGACCUUAGUUUCUAAAAACAAGUGACAUUAGAUCAGGGCUGUUGGAAAUUUAUGUGCCUUUUCCCUGGAGAAAUUAUUCUGAUUUGGUUUAGACAUAAAAGAUACUCCUUGCUUGAUUCCUGUCCUUGGGCAUUUAAAAUCAGCCACAUUUUGUCUUGCUUAUAUGAAUACUAUUUUCCUUCUAGAUUUCUCUUAAAACUACAAAUAAACACAUUCCUGCAGGUCAGAGAAUGUGUUUGAUAAAAACAUAGAAUUAAGACUUUGGAAAUGGAAAGCAUAAAGUUCUUUGCUGCUUUAGGAAAGCUGGUUGGUGAUCAUUUGUGGCCCUCACAGUUUCUAAAUGACACGAUUACCUUGUCUUGUCCUGAUUACCUUUAAGAUGUAAUGGAGUUAUACCGGAAGUUGGAGCUAGGGCGGCCAUUAUUCAAACAAACAAACCCAAAGCUGAUAUCAAAUCAUCACUACCAGCUAGAACAGUUCUCUAGUAGGAUUGGAUUUCCAAGCACAUAUUUGUGUUUAAAAGUUCGAAUUACACUCUUCUCCCUUCCCUUCAAUACAGAUUGCUAAAAGAAACAGACACUGAUUAAGUGGUAAGGGGAAGAAGGUAAUAAGCAACUGGAAGGGAAGGAAAAAAAAGUAGGGUGAAGCUGGCCUAAGUAUGUGGCUCUGAAGAGAAGACAGCAUUUUGGCGAUCCUUGCUUUGCACACUCACUGGAGUAGAGCCAUGAAGUUUUACAAAAAUAAUUAUAGUAAAUUAAAAGGAUGUUAGAUAUUGGAUCUCUGACUAAGGUUGCCAUAACAUACUUCUCUGAUUCGUACACCAGAUGUUAUGCCAGUGAACUGUUGUCUGGGCUUUGGAAGGGGUUGGGUUUUUGUGAAAUUCUACAAGAUUAGUCAAGGGUUUUAUGUAUAUAAACUGGUAUUGCCUGGGCUUAUCAUUGCCCAAAGUUUGUUGAGCUUUUCACCAGCUGCCCAGCAUUGGCCUUCUAUUUCCAUUUUUUCCUUUUAUAAGAUGGACUUGGACAUGACUAAUGCAAGCUCAGGAUUCAUAAAUUACCCUGAAGUUUACUUGGUGCAUUUCCUCAAUGGAGCUUAAAGCAUAGCACGUAAAUUUUAUCUUAUUUAGCCCUGGGGCAUCACUAAGAAGCAACUAGGAACUAUGGCUUGCCAAACAGGAUAUGCUCAUGCCAGAGAAGUGACAAGGUGUGAAAUAGCUUGUCAAGUAUCCCAGAGUGAGGAAAGGCAGAGCCUCUGUGCUUUGGGCCACUGACCUUUUGAUUAACCUUCAUCCCUUACACUACCCCAUUUCUAACUGCAUUUAUUCAAUCGGUAUUUCUGUAAUCACUUAGCAUUUGAUAGAUUUCUUCCUUGAUUUUUUAAAAAAAAUACAUCAGUUUCAUAUUAAAUUUUGGAAAAAUAUAUGAUUAUUUCAUACAACAUUCUUGCCACCAAUGGAGUGAUCCACUGGAUUGAAAGAAGGUGUUCUUGGAUUAUGCAUUUUUUAUCUAAAUGUUCAUUAUGGGAACUCGUAUUUUCUUCCCUACUCAUGAAACAAUGUGAACAAUUAUUUUAAGGACAAUAAAAAUUGGUUG